AGGCGUGAUGCGAUGAGUAAAUCUGAUGUUUUAUGCUAGUUUCAAACUUUUUUUUUCCUUAUAAUACUGGACGGAAUCGUAUAAAAAACAUGUUUUGUCGUGCUGAUAAUGAUUAGUUCUUUACAUCGUCGGGUCUUGUGGGAUCAAGCACACGGACUCGGAAAUGCUUGCUGUCAGUAAAAAGUCGAAAUUCUCCGUCGUCUAAGCAGAAACUACAUAGCAUUAAGGAAUAAAUAAUUGUUUAUUUGCGAAAUAGAUCUGCUUUUUUUGAAUAAACUUUUGCGAUGUCUACCAAAGAAUAUUACGCUCCUGUUCGGCCUCCAAGAGGAGCAAAAGUAUCGAAGGACACGAGCGGCCGCCUAAUGAAUAUCAUUGCAGAGCUUUCAAUAAGCAAAACAACUGAGCGAAAGAAAAGGAUGGUACAACUGAAAAAUGAUUAUGAAGCAAGUGAUGCUCGCCUCAUCCAACUUGUGUCCGCUAACAAGGACCAGCUAUCUGUGACAAUGGAAUCAUUUAGUAAAAUUUCUGCAAGAAUCAUUUCUAGUCAAAGAAGAGGUCAUGAUGUAAAAGAAAAACUUUUUGCUUGCAAAAAGCUCCUCCAGUGUAAGCGAGAAGAAAUUCGAAGACUUUGGUGUGAGUCUGUUGAACAUAACGAAGUCAUCAACAUGCUCAAAGAAAUCAAUGAGCUGAGAAAAAUACAUCGCAAAGUUAAUGAUGCAAUAGUGGGAAAAGAUUUUACCAAAGCAACAGAGCUUGUAGUUUCUUCAAUUCAUUUGAUAGAAGGAAAGUUAUCCUCUGUGGAUGCCUUAAAAGAACUAAAGUCUGAAGUAUUUGGUUUGCGAGAGAAUCUUCACUCUGUUUUGAUAAAAGAACUGCAUAAAUACCUCUAUAUGUAUCCUGAACAUGUAUUUUUAAAUACAAAUUCUGCAUCCUGUGACAGAGGUGAUAAAACAUAUGAAGAAUUGUUUAGCCGGAAUUAUAGGAAAGAAAAACGAGAAGUCAAGCUUCCUGUUGUUGGUUGUACUUAUGACUUUGAGAAAGAUGCCAAUUAUGAAAGGAUUGCAGUCAUUUUGAAGUGUGUGUCUGCGCUAAAUACAUUACCCGAGACUGUAGAGAUAUUAAAGGAAGGAUUAAAGGCAGAGCUGGACACCAUUGUUAGAAACUCUUCAAAGCUCAUGUAUGACACUUUGCAAAAUUCAUCAUUUCCUAUGUGUUCUAAUCAGGUUUUUUCAAAAAAGCUGCCACACACAUUAACUGAAAAUUCUGUUGAAGGUGAAACACUUCUAGACCUGUUGGAAGUCAUACUAGAUCAAUUUCGCUAUGUUGCUAUAAACCAUCAGAGCCUUCUUCAUAACCUGGAAAAAAUAAUGAUGACAAACAACAUGCUUAAUAUGUCUCCUGGGUAUGAGUUAGCAGAUAUCCUUUCAAAAAUUCAAGCUAAUGUGGAAAUGUUUGUGUCAGACUAUUUAGACCUGCAUAACACAUCAGGCUCAGCUGAAAGAACAACAGCUGGAGCAUUUGCGAAAAUGCCUACUGUAUCUGAUAUAUCAUCAUUUUUCCUGAGAAAAAACAUUAUGAGACACAAAAAACAUGCGCUUUUUAAGUUUGAUGGCUCCUCUCAUGCAAUUAACAUGAAAUCAUAUUUGCAAGAACAGAAGGAUUCCUUAAAAGGAAAGAAAGAUGUCGAGUCAGUUGAUGCUAAUGAAGUGCUAGUUUGUGAGCCAACUGCAAAAAAUAUAAUUGUUAUUUUUAAGAGUCUCAAGGAGUUUGUUUCUGAAAUCGAGUUUGCGCUGAGCUUUGAAUCUGGAACUCAUUGUCCUUUGCAUACAUUUCUCAUGGAUUGUGUGAAACUAUUCUUGGACGAAAUCAAUAUUGAAAUGAACAGAUUAAUGGAAAAAGUUGCUCAUAGCUUGGAAGCUUGGAAAACAGUAUCAGAUAUUGAUGAGCUAAAAAAAGUUGACAUAAAAACAGAAAUUUUACUAAGUACAUUUACCCUAAAUGCUAGUUUAAAAGAAAUGGAAGACCUUAUAUUUGCUCUUCCUGAUUACUCGAAUCAUUUCAUUCAACUUGUUUGCAAUAUGUUACUGGAAUAUAAAGAUUACUGUAAUUCUGCAUAUAAAGGGCUUUUCAUACAUUCUGAUUUUUCGGAUGAACAGCAACGUGUUUUUAGCCUUUCUUGGGCUCGUGAUAAGGAUAUCAGCCGAUUAUUAAGGUCCCUUCCCAAUUGGAACAAUUUGAAAGUUCAAAAUUACGAAGAGGAGUCUCAUGACUUUGAAGAAUCUCCAGAAGAAAUUCGUUUCCGCAAUAAGGAAGAAUCUGAACUGUUAAUUAGAAACCUGUCUUACUGUACUGCCAAAGAUUCGAUAUCUCCUUGUGAAAUCAUUUCAGAUCCUGUUAAAUUAAGAAAUUUAGCUUUAAUGCAUGAAAGCAUGGAAUGGUUUUCGAACAACAUCAUAAGCUUUGCUGAAAGCUUACCCCUAACCUGUGAUAUACAAUCAAGCAUUGCAUCCGCUUUGCAUGAGAAAUUCAAUGAUGAUAAUUUUGAAGCUACUGGGGGCAUACAAAGAAUUAAUCAGACAUGCUUGAAGCAGCUUGCAAAGGAUUUUGAAGAUCUUGCUGAUACUUGUUUACUGAUCUUGCAUUUAGAAGUCAGAGCGCACAGUUUUUUCUACUUGCUUCCAUUAUCAAAACAAAGCUCCUACAUGAAUCGUAAAGAUGACCAAGAAGCUGAACCUGAAGUAGUAAGGUUAAAUGCAGAUUUGAGCAGAAUUGAUGAAGCACUAGCACCUGUUCUGCAACCGAAAAAAAUUAAGUAUAUAUUUGAAGGCCUUGGUGAACUGUUGUCAACAAUUUUGAUCAACUCGGUGUCCAAUAUUAAAAAAAUCAACGAAAAUGGGGUAAAGAAAAUGUAA